GAAAAGAUCGUCAGUUACAGACGAACAUAUGAGAGAUAUUUGAUUGAAUUGAACAUAUUUUUCACGUUUUAAAAUAGCAUUUAAUAUAUAGAUAUUGUAUAAUAUAUUAUUCAUAAUGGGAAGUGGACAGACAUUUAAAGUGCCAUCAACCAUAUCUGGAUAUAAAGAAAUUAUUCACGACACAUGUCGCAAGAUGAUGGAUCACGUUCACAACAGGGGUAGAAACUACCAAUGGAGCUUAGGAGAUUUUGAAAUUGGAGCACCUUUAGGAAGAGGAAAAUUUGGUCGUGUGUAUCUAGCUAGAGAGAAGACUAUGCAUUAUAUGGUUGCCUUAAAAACAUUGUAUAAAGUUGAAUUGGUAAAAGGACGUGUGGAAAAACAAGUAAUGCGAGAAAUUGAAAUACAGACACAUUUAAAACAUCCACACAUUCUUCAAUUAUUAACAUAUUUUCAUGAUACUAAAAGAAUUUAUUUAGUUUUGGAAUUUGCUGCAAGAGGUGAAUUGUAUAAAGAGUUAAAACGUCAGCCAGAUGGAAGAUUUAACGAACACUUAUCUGCUAAAUAUACUUAUCAAGUGGCUGAUGCUUUGGAAUAUUGUCACAAAAAUGAUGUCAUUCAUAGAGACAUAAAACCUGAAAAUUUAUUGCUUACAUAUGAUGGUGACAUAAAACUCGCAGACUUUGGAUGGUCUGUACAUGCACCAUCCUCAAAGCGCUUUACAUUAUGUGGAACCUUAGAUUAUCUGCCACCAGAAAUGGUGAUGGGACAGACCUAUGAUGUCUAUGUCGAUCAUUGGUGUUUGGGAAUUCUCUGUUAUGAAUUUCUUGCAGGAAAGCCACCUUUUUUAAGUGACACUCAACAAGAAACAUACACCAAAAUCAAAACCAUGUAUAUACAAUGGUCGGACAAAAUUAAACCUGGAGCUAAAGACCUGAUAUCUAAAUUAAUCAAGAAAAAAAGUUCAGAGCGAAUUUCUAUGGCUGAGGUUAAGACACAUCCUUGGAUUGUAGAGCACAAAGAUUUAUCUAAACAAACAGCUUAAAUUAAAACAGAUAAAAGAUUCUUCAUUCACUGCUAAACAUAUUUUGUAUUUGGUCAUUUUUUUUCUUUAUAAUUAGAUACAAUAUGAAAAAUAUAUUUGUAUACUCAAAGAAUGAGAAAUAUCGAUAAACAUUGACAGAUUUGCAUGCUCCUUCAUAAUAUAUAUUUUCGUAUAGUAUAA